AUGAAGCACUCACGGGCUGCGGGGAAAGGUAGCGGGACCGGGCAGGCGAGUGGGCCAUGGAGGCGCCGGCGAUGCUGGCGGCAGGUGCGGCGCUCCUGCUGGGGCUCUACGCGCUGCUCUACUACCACUUUGUGGCGGCCACGCGGUGCCGGAACGCGGUCAGCCUGCGGGGCAAGACGGUUCUCAUCACAGGUGCAAAUACAGGGAUCAGGAAGGCCACAGCAGUGGAUCUGGCCCGGAGAGGCGCCCGUGUCAUUCUGGCAUGCCGCGACAAAGCAAGAGGAGAAUCGGCUGUGUGUGACAUCAGACGGGUAAGCGCCUGCCGUGCGGUUCUCUCCUUCCCUCCGUUCUUCAGCACUCAGGUCUUUUCCUGAUGGAUUUUAUUCAUUUAUUUAGCAUAUGACAUCUACAGAGUUCAUGCAAUCCCUUAUAUGCAAUGCAGAUAA